AUCUGAGGAUGGAUGCCUUGGGUCCUAACUGUUCAUUUUCUUGCAGAGAAACUCCCUAAGCCUAUCCUCAGUGUACAGCCAGACUCUAUGGUCUCUGUACAGACUAAGGUGACUUUCUUCUGUGAGGGGACCAAAGGAGCCACAAAGUACAAACUCUAUAAAGAGGGAGAUUCAUAUUCACACCGCACACAGAUUCCAAAGAAGCCUGGGGAGAAGGCUGAGUUCCCAUCCUUAAACGUUAACCAGCAGCAUGCAGGGCAAUAUCACUGUUACUAUUACACCAGGAAAAAAACUUCCGAGAAGAGUGACACCCUGGAGCUGGUGGUGACAGGAGCACACAGUAAACCCAGGCUGUCAGCCCAGCCCAGCCUUGUGGUGACCUCAGGAGGGAAUGUCACUCUUCAGUGUGUCUCUAAUCAUUAUGACACCUUCGUUCUGAUUAAGGAAGGACAAAAGAAGCUCUCUUGGAGACAGGACUCACAGAGAAACAAUUAUGCUGGGAAUUUCCAGGCCUCGUUCUCUGUUGGCCCAGUGACCUCCAGCCAGAGGUGGAUAUUCAUAUGCUACAGCCAUGACAGGAACAGUCCAUGGGCGUGGUCAUAUCCUAGUGACCCCCUGGAGCUUCUGGUGUCAGGGACCCUCCAGAAACCCAUCAUUAAGGCUGAGCCAAGCUCUGUGAUUGCUUCCAGAAGUUCUACAACCAUCUGGUGUCAGGGAACUCGAGAUGCAGAAAUAUAUGUUCUGCAUAAAGAGGGAAGACAGAAACCCUGGGGAACACAGACCCCAGAGGAGCCUGGGAACAAGGCCAAGUUCUCCAUCCAUGAUGUGACAAAGGAACAUGCAGGGCAAUAUCGCUGUUACUGUUACAGCUCGGCUGGGUGGUCAGAGCGCAGUGACACCCUGGAGCUGGUGGUGACAGGCAUAUACUACUACACUAAACCCAGCUUGUCAGCCCUGCCACGUCCUGUAGUAACUUCAGGAGGAAGCAUGUCCCUACUGUGUGUCUCACAGUAUCAAUGUGAUAAGUUCAUUCUCACCAAGGAAGAUGAAAAGUUCUCUAGCUCUGUGGAUGUACAGUAUAUACCCUCUACUGCACAGUACCAAGCCCUGUUCACUAUAGAACACAUGACCCCAAACCACACAGGGACUUUCAGAUGUUAUGGGUACUACAAGGAUACUCCACAGUUGUGGUCAGUACCCAGUGAUCCCUUGGAAGUACACAUCUCAGGGAUGUCCAGGAAGCCAUCUCUGCUGACUCAUCAAGGCCAUAUCCUGGACCCUGGAAUGAGCCUCACCCUGCAGUGUUCCUCUGACAUCAACUAUGACAGAUUUGCUCUGUACAAGGAGGAGAAAGCUGACUUCACAGAGCACUCUAGCCAGAGGACCCAGGCCAACCUUUUCUUGGCCAACUUCACACUGGGCUAUGUGAGACAUGACAUGAGAGGUCAAUACAGGUGCUAUGGUGUACACAACCUCUCCUCUGAGUGGUCAGCCUCCAGUGACCCCCUGGACAUCCUGAUCUCAGAAUACCUCGGUGUCACUCCUUCCCUCUCAGUGAAGCCUAACUCCACAGUCCACUCUGGAGAGAACGUGACCCUGCUGUGUCAGUCAACAUACAGAGUGGACACUUUCAUUCUGUCCAAGGAGGGAGCAGCCCACCAACCUCUGCGGCUGAAAUCAAAGUUCCAAGCUCAACAGUACCAGGCGGAAUUCUCCAUGAGUGCUGUGACCUCCAGCCUCACAGGCACCUACAGGUGCUAUGGAUCUCAAGACACAUCUCUCUACCUGUUGUCCCACGCCAGUGCCCCUGUGGGUCUCAUAGUCUCAGGUGAGGUGAUCCUGACAUUUCAUAGUGACUCACAAUCCACACCCUAGGAGAGCUCUUGACUUGGGUAGGAUAGAGGGGACAGUAGAAAGCUUGGUCAGAAGACACUAUCCCUGGCAGAGAAGUGGAUGCUGACAGUGG